GUCCUCUGGGCUCAGCGCUCGUCUGCUACCGACGCCGAGAAGAACUUCAUCUACCUCACAAUUUCUGCCACCGAUGUUCCCAGCGGCUCUCUGAAGCUUGAUCUCAAGCCCACGAGCUUAUCGUUCACCGGUCACUCUGACACCAAGAAGGUUGACUACCACGUUGAUCUCGAGUUCUACGGAGAGAUCGAUGUCGAGAACAGCAAGGUCCACCACACUGGCAAGAAUGUCGAGGUUAUCCUGCGGAAGAAGGAGCUCAAGUCUGAGUACUGGCCCCGCUUGCUGAAGGAAGCACGAAAGCUUCACUUCCUCAAGACCGACUUUGACAAGUGGGUGGAUGAGGACGAGCAGGACGCUGUUCCCGAGGAGGAUCUUGCCGGCGGC